CAGAAAAUGGUUUUCAAACUCCCCAGCUUAAUGGUUUUUCCGUCCCACACACUUAAACUCUUAUAAAAACUCGUUUUUUUUUCACGAAAAAUUGUUUUAAAAAAUGCUACAAAAGUAUUCAAUCAUUGUACUGUGUUGCUCAGCAGUUCUAGCCAGAGUUCCAGUGGCGAAAAACUGUCCAACGGGCUGGACGUGGUUCUUAAGAUCCAGAGGUGGAUGGUGCAUGAAGGUAUUCACAGAAGCCCUGAAUCAACCAAGUGCUGAAGCCAAGUGCAAAGCUGCCGAAGCGGUGUUGGCGGGAAUUCAAAACAAGGAGGAGGUUGCCUGGAUGUCCAAAGAACUGACCGGGACCAUGUGGAUCGGCACAAAGCGUACACCACCUUGCAUGAACUCCGGUGUGACCAAACAAUGCUCUCAGAUCACCUCAUACUAUUGGACAGAUGGCUCGACUGUCGGAGUUCAGGGUUUCUACUGGAAUUCCGGAGAGCCCAAUAAUCAGGGUGGCCAAGGCUGUGCAAAACUGAUAACCUCCUCAAGUGUUCUGGACGAUGUCGCAUGUACCACUGAACUAACUAACGGAUAUGUUUGCGGAAAAAUUGCGACGUUUUAAGUGAAAUGUUGUGGAAAAUGAAAUUCUGAGCAUUUUUGCAAUUGGAAAUUUAUCUCUAUCUCUAACCAGGGAGAGCUAUGGCGGUUUGAACCACGAGUGACGUCACUGUUGAGAGGGAGAGACGCAGAGGGCCAGCGUGCCACGUCGUCUGCGUCUCUCCCCCCCUCCCUCUCUCGUCUAUUUAACUUUAAACGGUUGUAUCUCUGCAACGGUUAGAGAUAGAGAUAAAUUUUCAAUUGCAAAAAUGAUCAGCAUUAAAUUUUGCGUUAGAUGAAAUAAUUAAUGUUAAGA